GUGCGGUGUUGGCAUAUUUGUAUCGAGAGUUGAGUAGAGUAUCCCUGAUGCAGAAUAAAGAAUUCAAGGGAUGCUGCACAUUGAUACAGAUUUGGUCAUGGGAGCGCAUUCAUAUUGGACGCCCUACUUUACUUGUGCACCGUGACCUACAGGGGCAGUUUCCUUUGGCGUACAGGUAUAACGUGCGGUACGCUAAGUACCGAUCAGCGACGAGCCAUCGUGAGUUUUACCGAAAUGAGCUUGAUGGUUUCCAACACGAACAGUUCAAGUGGAGACCCUAUACACCGCCGGAGCUGGAUAUGCAUUCUCUUGCACCCAUCUGCCGAGAUAGUCCCGACUUGUGGAGAGCGAGAGUUCCAUUGAUUUGUUGGGAGAUCGUGAAGAUGCAUGUCCCUGACCGUGUGCUACGAUAGUUUACGCUCUCUCAGCAUGUACCAGAUCCUGUUGAGCAGAUCUCUCGUCGGCGGCGACCUACUUCGCACCAUAACGACUGGGCCGUAGUCCGUGCGGCCUACAUAGACAGGUGGGCUCACAGGUGGGAUUUCAUCCAGGAUACGAGGCCCA